UUAACCCUGCGCAGGUUAAACGUCCAGCUCUGAGAGCUGCUCCCUCACUCCACCUGCCUCAAAGGUGAUAUUUCCCUCCCCCUCCCUAGGAGAGAGUAGCCCCUAACAGAUGCUGAUCUGGGUCUAGCUCUGUCCAGAUGGCUGAGGUUGCGCCUGGGAUAAAGGUGGAAUUAGGGAUCUGGGGCAGGGGCUGGGAAAAGCUGUCCCAGCACAGGCAGCAGCAUCCAGGUGGAGAGAGAAACAGCAAAAAAGGUGCAUUCUCAUGCUAGAGCUGAGGCUGUUGCCAGCAGCCAGGAAACCUAGCCCGGGUCGCACCUUGCAGGAUGGAGGGGAAGAAGUACUCUGAGUCUCUCCCGCUUAGCCUUACAGAUGGGUAAGGAGAGACCUAGCUGGGAGGCGGUCCUCCUGACUUUGCACAGUGCGUGGGGGGAAAUGGUUCCUCUCCCCCAACCCAAAGGGGAAGCAGGUGGGCAGGCGCAUCCCACCAACUGGCCAGGAGCCUCUGUUACAUUGUGGCUAAGGAGCUGCCUGGCAGGGGCAGCUAUUGGGCCACCGCUGAUAGUGCCUCUCCUCUUGGUGCUGCCUCUGCCUCCCUCCACUAAGGAGGCACCUUGCCUGCCUGCUGUCCCAUAGUGCCCAGCCCCAGCUCCAGCCCAUAGAGGAGGGAGGAACACUGGAAGGGCCCUGAGUACCAGGGGGCGAGGCCAGGGAGAAGAUGGGUAUGAGCUCAGGAUUCCACGGUUAGCGCUUCGAAGAAAUGCUCACGGGACCCUGCAGGAGCUUUCAGAGUCCCCUACAUGCUCUCUGGUGACCCUAACUCGCAGCACCAUCUGCUCUGUGCCCGUGUGCUAAGCACGAGGUCUUUCAAGGCCAGUGGGGAGGAUGAGGAAGGAAUCUGGUUGUCCUGGCUAAUGGAGCAUGUCCCUGGAGUUCUCGGGGAGAUGACAGGCUCUGGUCUAAGAGGCAGGGACAGGGGUUCUGUCCCUAAUGAGCUGUGUGCCCCGUGCACCUCCUUCAUAGACUAUGAGGAUGGGAUAGAACCCUGAGGGGUCCUUCCAGCUCCCAGAGUUCUGAUUCCAGGGUUGUGCUCUGUCAGUAAGUGUCCCCCAGCCUGGGCAGACCCCAGUCCCUUCUGUAAGGUAGACGCAAAGUAAAGAGGUUAUGACCGGCUCACCCAGGGGCCUGGGAAGGUUAUGGCCAUAUGCCCACUUCACUCUGCAGGACAAGUGGCCUGUCCCCACUAUAUUCACCUCCUCACCCCUCUCCCUUGGAUGGACCAGUGGUGGUGUCACCCAAAGCAAAUUGACACUAUUUUUCCCUUGGUAACCGCAAAGGGGGAGAAUCACCCGUCUCCUAAUUUUAACCAGUACGUGAGGGACCAGGGCGCCAUGACCGACCAGCUGAGCAGGCGGCAGAUCCGUGAGUACCAACUCUACAGCCGGACCAGUGGCAAGCACGUGCAGGUCACCGGGCGUCGCAUCUCCGCCACCGCAGAGGACGGCAACAAGUUUGCCAAGCUCAUAGUGGAGACGGACACGUUUGGCAGCCGGGUUCGCAUCAAAGGGGCUGAGAGCGAGAAGUACAUCUGUAUGAACAAGAGGGGCAAGCUCAUCGGGAAGCCCAGCGGGAAGAGCAAAGACUGCGUGUUCACGGAGAUCGUGCUGGAGAACAACUACACGGCCUUCCAGAACGCCCGGCACGAGGGCUGGUUCAUGGCCUUCACGCGGCAGGGGCGGCCCCGCCAGGCUUCCCGCAGCCGCCAGAACCAGCGCGAGGCCCACUUCAUCAAGCGCCUCUACCAAGGCCAGCUGCCCUUCCCCAACCACGCCGAGAAGCAGAAGCAGUUCGAGUUUGUGGGCUCCGCCCCCACCCGCCGGACCAAGCGCACGCGGCGGCCCCAGCCCCUCACGUAGUCUGGGAGGCAGGGGGCAGCAGCCCCUGGGCCGCCUCCCCACCCCCUUCCCUUCUUAAUCCAAGGACUGGGCUGGGGUGGCGGGAGGGGAGCCAGAUCCCUGAGGGAGGACCCUGAGGGCCGCGAAGCAUCCGAGCCCCCAGCUGGGAAGGGGCAGGCCUGUGCCCCAGGGGCGGCUGGCACAGUGCCCCCUUCGCGGACGGGUGGCAGGCCCUGGAGAGGAACUGAGGGUCACCCUGAUCUCAGGCCGCCAGCCUCUGCCGGCCUCCCAGCCGGGCUCCUGAAGCCCGCUGAAAGGUCAGCGACUGAAGGCCUUGCAGACAACCGUCUGGAGGUGGCUGUCCUCAAAAUCUGCUUCCCGGAUCUCCCUCAGUCUGCCCCCAGCCCCCAAACUCCUCCUGGCUAGACUGUAGGAAGGGACUUGUGUUUGUUUGUUUGUUUCAGGAAAAAAGAAAGGGAGAGAGAGAGAGGAAAAUAGAGGGUUGUCCACUCCUCACAUUCCACGACCCAGGCCUGCACCCCACCCCCAACUCCCAGCCCCGGAAUAAAACCAUUUUCCUGCAAA